UACGGGAGUGGACAAGUGUCACGUGUGCUUCCUCUCCGGCCUCUAGGUCACCAGGCUGCUCGUUUUGGCGCACACCUGUCACCGUCGUUACACGCACCUGCGCGUCGUCAGACUCACCUGGACUCCAUCACUCCCUUGAUUACCUGCCCUAUAUAUGUCACUCCUUUGGUUCCUUCCCCAGAUGUCAUUGUUUCAUGUCUGUGCGUUGUUCUUGUUUUGUAUUAUGGUCUGUUUAUUUUAUUAAAACACUCACUCCCUGAACAUGCUUCCCGACUCUCAGCGCACAUCCUUACAGAAUGAAGCAUCAUGGAGUGUUUUUUUCGAGUUAGGUGGGAAUGAAGUUGGGUCUGGGAGCUGCUAUAGGCUUUCAUGCCUCAGCCCGGAUCGACAGGCUCUCAUGCCUCGACGGGCUCGCUGGUCUUUCAUGCCUUCGCCAAGAUCGCCAGGCUCCCUUGCCUCAGCCGGUCUGUCAGGUUCCCGCGUACCAGCCGGCGACAGGUUCCCGCGCAUCAGCGGGGGUGACCGGUCCGCUCAUGAUCCCGGGCAUCGUCCUUUGGGUUGGCGUUCUGCGCCUGGAGCCGUAUGCGCCGGGGACGGGGUACGGUCAGUUAUGCUCUCCAGCGCUCUGUCGUCAUGCUCCUUCGUCUUAGCCGGAUUGACGGCUUUCCUGCGCCUCUGCAGAGGUGACCGGUCCGCUCCUGUUCCCUGGGAUCUUCAUUUUGGUCGGCAUCCUGCGGCUGAAGCUGCAUUUCGGGGAGGAGGUUGUCACGCGUGCUCCCACUCCGGCUUCCAGGUCACCAGGCUGCUCGUUAUGGCGCACACCUGUCACCAUCGUUACGCGCACCAGCGCAUCGUCAAAUACAUGGACUCAUCACUUCCUUGAUUACCUGCCCCUUUGGUUCUUUCCCCAUGCAUCUUUGUUUCUGUUUCAUGUUCUUGGUUUUUAUUAAAUCACCCACUCACUCCCUGAACGUGCUUCCCGACUCUCACCGCACAACGCUACGCGUAAAUCCGCCUGCCAGCCACUGCUUGUCCACUAAGUCAUGGCAGCCCCAGACAUUGUUUGCCAUCCAGCCACUGCCUGAUAAGAAUAGUAAGCAGUGGUCAAAAUCCUUCGACUGGAAUUCGAUUCUGAGCAGGACGACCGCAGAUUCUUGACAACAGUUAAUCACAAAUUCCCCUGUUGCACCAUAAUGAAACUCCCCCUGGGUUACCCAUCCCCUCACCAGGGUCCUGGAAGUUACUCCACGGCACCCUACCCUGUUCCUCAUGGUGGGUAUGGUGACCCUAACAAUGCUCCCCCACUGAUUGACUUCCAUAUGGGCUACAACCACAAACAACUCCACCCAGGCCAGCAUGUGAUGCAUCAGCCUGUGCCCAUGCCCGAAUAUGGGGUACCUCAAAUGGGCCCAGGCUAUGGUGGUCCUGGGCCUGAAUUCGGUGCACCUAACUCGGGCCCUCCUGCAGCCAUUUCCCCAACCCCUACCCCUGCAGCAGUUGUGCCUGUUGGAGUUCCACCUGGUCUGGAGUACCUAACACAGAUUGACCAGCUCCUUGUACACCAAAAAGUGGAGUUGCUGGAAGUGUUCAUUGGCUUUGAGACCAACAACCAGUACGAGAUCAAGAACAGCCUGGGUCAGAAGAUCUACAAGGCCAAGGAGAAGAACGACUGCUGCACACGCAACUGCUGCGGUGCCCUGCGUAGCUUUGACAUGAAGAUCAAGGACAACAUGGACCGUGAGGUCAUCCGCCUCAUACGACCCUUCCGCUGUGCCUCCUGCUGGUGUCCCUGCUGCCUGCAAGAGCUCGAGGUCCAAGCCCCGCCUGGCACCACCAUAGGCUAUGUGUCCCAGGACUGGAACCCCUGCGUGCCCAAGUUCUCCAUCAAGGGGGCCAACACAGAGACCGUAAUGAAGCUGGAAGGACCCUGCUUUGCCUGCAACUGCUGCGGGGAUGUGAAUUUUGAGCUGACGGGGGAAGAUGGAGGCAAGCCCAUCGGCCGCAUCAGUAAGCAGUGGGGUGGCCUGAUAAAGGAGGUCUUCACCUACACGGACAACUUUGGCAUCCAGUUCCCCAUGGACCUGGACGUCAAGAUGAAGGCUGUGCUCAUGGGUGCCUGCUUCCUCAUCGAUUUCAUGUUCUUCGAGAAGGACUGAGCACUUGAGUCAAACUCUCUUUCUGUUGCCAUUUGCAAUCCCCCCCUUUUUUUCUGAUUCUGUUUGAUACUCCUUCAUUAUUUGAAACCUUAGAGGAAGCUGCCAAUCCUAGAACUCUUUCUGUGUCACACGUGAGGUCUUAUCUGAUGAGCUUACAUAGACAGAAACAGUCCAGAGGCUAUCCACCCGAAUGUAAGAAUCAGCAACUGGGCUAUAAGACAUAGUAGGCCUUAGUUGUCUUUCAUGGGUUUCUCCACUCUCUCCACUGAGUUUCUGUUUUUUGCAUUUGUUCUUGGUUAUCUAUGUACAUUUGGGGGUUCAGAACUAUAUGGAAACUUUACAUGUUCUUCAAUACUUUUUCAGUAUUUUCUUUUUAGUCACUGCCAUGGCAAGUAUUUCAUCAUACCAAACUGCUUCAGUUGCAGUAUUACAUUCUAGAUUCUUUAUUUUAGUGUUAAAUUAUGAUUACUUACUGUUAAUCAUUACUUACUUACUGUCACCUGUCAAAUCCACUUCAAUCAGUGUAGAUGAAGGGGAGGAGACGGGUUAAAGUAGGAUUUUUAAGCCUUGAGACUGUAUUUGUGCCGUUCAGAGGGUGAAUGGGCGAGACAAAAGAUGUGUGCCUUUGAAUGGGGUAUGGUAGCAGGUGCCAGGCAAACCGGUUUGUGUCAAGAACUGCACCGCUGCUGACUUCUUCACGCUCAACACUUUCCCGUGUGUAUCAAGAAUGCUCCGCCACCCAUAAGCCACCUUGACACAACUGUGGGAAGCAUUGGAUUCGGCAUCCCUGUGGAACGCUUGUAGAGUCCAUGCCCUGACGAACUGAGGCUGUUCUGAGAGCAAAAGGGGGUACGACUCCAAUAUUAGGAAGGUGGUCCUAAUGUUUUGUACUCUCAGUGUAUGUUUUUCCAGGUCUCAGUUGUUCCUUGACGAGCACCAUUCAUUCACGCUGUCAAACAUUUUAAUGUUACUACUUCUGAUAGUAACUAUAGCCACUGGGGAAGUGGGAGAGAGUGAGGUGGCUGCCAUCUGAGUCAACAUCUUUUUUUUUUUUGCAGCAGCAGUGAUGGUCAGUGAUUCAAGGAGCUAUCAUCAUUAAGUAACAUAAUUGAUGCGAAGCAUUGAGUAUUUACAUUCAUCCACUUAAAAAACAACAACUUUGUCCCAGAAUCAGUUACCUGCAGGGCACACCUUUAUGAAGGAAUGUGCUUACCUGACUUAAGGGACAUAGUGAAGAGUUGCGGCCAAUUUCUUGGUAAACUGUUUCCUUUGGUGUUUAAAUAGUGUCAUUUUGUUCAUGGGGUGAGUAUGAUGACUCUGCACUGUUUAGGGAGAGUGUUAUUUCUAUUAGGCAAUAAGGGUCUGGUUUCAAACAGUAGUGCUGAAGAUCAGCGUGAUUGAAAUUUAAAUGCAAGAUUUCUGCAUUUGCAUUAAACACUGCAUAUGUCGGCUCAAUCGAAAAUGACUUUUUGAAUUUCAACCAUGCGUCUCUUCGGCACUACAGAUUGAAUCCAGCCCUGGGUCAAACAGUUGUGGUAAAUAAAGCAGUUUUGUACCCUU